GGUGUUAAGAGGACCCGGACCGAGUCUCCGGGGACGAACGGGAGCGCCCUUUCUGAUGCUGUGAACCUCCUUGUCACUGACGACAAACUACUGCCGGCGCACCUGAAAACAAUUCUUGGUCACCUUUUGGAAAAAGUAUCUUUUGUCGAUCAACUGGUGGAACGAAACAGGGAAUUGGAGGAGCGCCUCAGCGCUGAGGUUGCCGAAAAAAACGAGACUUUUGAAGGAAGUGGAGUUUUUGAAACAAUCUCUUGCCAACAGACCCUUCUUCACUCAAACCGUAUUGCUCAUGAUGCGGAAUGUAUUCGUAAAUUGUUUGACUUCCUUUCUAUCGAUUGCACUCCAAUAACGUCUUAUAGAAUGGGUAAGCCAAAUGAAAAGUCCCCCCGGCUCAUCAAAGUUGUUCUUCCAAGUAGGUACUUUAGGCGUGUGCUCCUCGAAAGAGCCCCAAGACUGAAAACUUAUCAGACUGGGGGAGUUUAUAUACGUCCUUCGCUCCCCAAGGCUGAGAGGGAUCGUCUCAGGGCUCUUCGCGAGGAGAAGAAAAGGCUUGCUACUAUCACGUCAUCUGAUGAAUCCUCCUGUCUUUUGAUGGGUGACUUUAAUUUCUCAGACAUUGAAUGGUCUAGUAAUCCCUGUGCUAAAACCGCUUUAUCGCGCUCCUUCUUGAACAUGCUCUUAACUCACAACUAUGUUCAGUAUGUUGAUUUUUGUACCAGGAAAAAAAAUGUGCUCGAUUUAGUUCUUUGCAAUAAUAAAGAUGCUAUAAGUGACAUUGCCAUCGGUGCUCCUCUGGGCAGCAGCGAUCAUGCAACAAUCACUUUUAGCUUCAAGGCUCUAUCCAAUGAUACUAAGUUUGUAUUCCGAAGAGACUACAGGAACACCAACUAUGAUGAUGUUGUUUCUUAUCUUCGGAAUAUUGAUUGGUUAGGAUCUUUUGGCUGCUGCAAAGACACCAAUGAGAUGUAUGAGUUGUUCAUAUUUGUUCUAAAUCAUUGCAUUCAACUGUUUGUGCCGGUUAGGAAAGUCUCGCUAUCCAUCAAAAAUUUACCUGCGCACCUCUAUACUCUUUUCGUAAACAAAACCAUAGCUUAUAAAAAAGCCAUGAGAAGUAAUAACGAGCAGGAUUGGAAGGGGUAUCAAGAAAUGUCUACAAAGUUUGAGAAGAGACUCUUCAAAUACAAUUGUGCAGUAGAAAAAAAAAUAGUUGAGUCAUGCAACAAAUCCUAUCUUCUUAACUAUAUUCGAGCAAGAAUCCGUUCGGAGAGAAAAAUAUGUACACUUGUCAAAAGUGAUGGUUCUCUUGCAAUCACUGAUGUUGAUAAGGCUGAAACUUUUGCGGACGAAUUUCAAAAAGUAUACAUCAGUCACAGUAGUGCAUGUCCUGUAACUAGCCUGCCGAGAUCUUUUGAUUGUAUGAGGGAAUCUGUGCUUUUUGUAAGUGAUGACAUUUUGAAUUGUCUCCUUAAGUGGCCUUCAAGUGUUUCCUUUACGCCAGAU